AGGAGGAGCCAAAGAAGAUCACAGCAAGAUCAUCUCAUCCCAUUAGCACCUCCUUGACAAUUCCCUGAGAAGCACUAGUUCGUAGCAAAGAAACAACACCAUGGCCGGCAUCAUGGACAAGAUCGGCGACGCGCUCCACAUCGGCGGCGGCAGCGACGAGCACAAGAAGGAGGAGCACAAGAAGGAGGAGCACAAGAAGGCCGAGGAGCACAAGAAGGAGGGCGAGCACAAGGAGGGCAUGAUGGAGAAGAUCAAGGACAAGAUCACCGGCGAGCACGGCGACAAGUCGUCCGACGACCACAAGGAGAAGAAGGACAAGAAGAAGAAGAAGGAGAAGAAGCACGGCGAGGGCCACAAGGACGACGGCCACAGCAGCAGCAGCAGCGACAGCGACUGAGCUCCGGCCGCCCGGCCAUGCGUGCAGUGUAGGCGAUCGAGCGAGACGGAUGCUUGGGAGAAGUGGGACUUGAUGAUGCAGGAUUUGGUCCUGCGUAUCGCCUACUAGUAUGUGUGAUGCGUGACAUAUGUCUCUCAGAUCUCUGAAUGUAAUAUACUCUGGCCGCACUGCACGAUGCUUGUAAUAAAAACGUUAAUCAUGUUGGAAUUGAUAUGUCCCAAUUGGUAUCA